AUGCAGAUAGUAUAUUAUGCAGCAAUCGUGGAUAUCAUUCUAUCAGCAACACUAAAACCCAGCCGAGGCUGGUACCUGCUUCUUCAGCCUACAUGGACCAGUAUCACCUCAACCCGGCCUCUUGUGGAGGAAAUCAAGAAGCUUCCGGCCUUUCCAACAGCCUCAUGGAAGCUAGAGCCUCACCGGAGGGGGCUACUACCAGUCGGAGCGGACCGAGGCGCGCCGGUUGACAUUGAUUGGGAGAUCCAUGGAGAGGGCUCGAUCAAGGUGCUUUGGAUAUGCGGACUUGGCUUCCUGAAGACCUCCUACCAGCGGCAGACAAUGCACUUCGGCCACGACAAUGGCGACAAGUACUCAGUCCUGAUCGUAGAUAACCGAGGAAUGGGACGCUCCGGCAAGCCUUUGUCGCGAUAUUCCACCUCGGUGAUGGCACGUGACAUCAUUGAGGUCCUGGACCACGUGGGUUGGACAGCGCCGCGGCAGGUUAACGUCUGCGGCCUCUCAAUGGGCGGGAUGAUUGCGCAGGAACUGGGCUUCUUAAUCCCAGACCGCAUCAGCACCCUCAAUCUUCUGGGCACGGCGGCGCAGAUCGAGAACACAACGUCCUUCACUGAGAACAUGGUGAAUCGUAUCACGAUGUUGCUGCCCAAAUCGCUUGACCGAAGCAUCGAGUAUGCAGCGUCCAAGCUGUUUGGCUCGGAAUACCUCGAUCAACCAGAUAACGCCAGCGUUCCCACUGCUGCCACGUCCAAGGCAAUUCUGCCACCUGGAGGGGAGUACCUCAAGUUCAAGACCAACUUCGAGCGUUUUGCUGCCCAAGAGAUCCACAAGCAGAUGGACACGGAGGGCUUCACCCGCAAAGGAUUUUUGCUUCAGCUGAUCGCUGCCGGCUGGCAUCAUAAGUCCCCUGCCCAGUUGAAGGAGAUGGGCGACAAGGUCGGCCGGGAGCGGAUCUUGGUGAUGCAUGGCACGGAAGAUGGUAUGAUCACUUUGCCUCACGGCAAGAAGCUGAUCGAGUACCUACAACCUGGGGCCGGGCUCAUCAUUGAGGGAAUGGGCCAUGCACCCAUCGUCGAGCGUCCAGAUUGGCUAGCCAAGACCCUGGAAGAGCGCUUUUCCAUUGCAGAAGAUUUGAACUCGCGCUUGAGCAACUAA